AUGUCCGAUCCUCAGAACUACACCGUUGGCUGGAUUUGUGCCAUCCCUACCGAAUUUGCUGCUGCCCGUGCUUUUUUAGAUGAACAACAUCCCGGCCCCGAUGCAAUCGCGCAACAUGACAAUAACACUUAUGCUCUCGGUUCAAUGGGAAAGCAUAACGUUGUAAUCGCUGUCAUGCCCAAGAAGGAAUAUGGGAUAGCAGCGGCCGCUACAGUGGCGAGAGAUAUGGUCCACAGCUUCCCAAACGUACGCAUCGGAUUGAUGGUUGGUGUCGGCGGUGGCGCUCCCAGCCCACAAUAUGACUUCCGCCUAGGCGACGUUGUUGUCGGCAGUCGCGGAGCUGGAAACGGCGGUGUCAUACAAUAUGACUACGGAAAGUCAAUACAGAACCAAUUAUUCGUAGAAACCGGGAGCUUGAAUCAGCCGCCACCAGCGUUGUUAAAUGCAGUAGCCGGACUCGAAACCGAUUACAUGAUGGAGGGCUCUGAACUCAAUGUCAAGGUGAUGAAAGAUGCCGAGAUGCGGGACAAGCUUUCGAGAGAAAGAGGCGUCUUGUGUUUUGAGAUGGAAGCCGCCGGCUUGAUGAACCACUUUCCUUGCCUCGUCGUGCGAGGUAUAUGCGACUACUCCGACUCCCACAAGAACAAGCAGUGGCAGGGUUUUGCAGCCAUGACGGCUGCAGCGUAUGCGAAGGACCUGCUUCGCCAAAUCCUGCCUGACCGGAUCAAUGCCGAAAAGAAGAUCAAAGAUGUCUUAGGGUCUAGUUAG